CGAGCCUGUGUGCGCGUUUUUGGAGAAUGUAGACAUCGGUUUGUAAACAGCGACUUGGAAACAAAACAGUAGUGUCUUGAUGUGACGGGCUGACGGAUUCAGAGGGCUGGUCCUUUCAGGACUGCUGAGAGAGAGAGAGAGACAGGCUGGGCGUGUGGGGCUGCCUAUCCUCCUUGACACACCCCUCUUGAGUUCCCUUGGACUGGGAAGAAACGGGAGGGGGCUUUUUUUGUCCAUUUUUUUUCAGAAGCAUCAAGUGCACGGUGCAGCCCAGACUUGCUCAGCUUCGCUCCGCCUGAGUCUUGAAUGUGAAACGGGAAGAGGAUCUGUCCGGAUACAAAGUGCUCCCCCCUCCUGCAAUGUGAGGAGCCAGGAGCGAUACUCUGGCAGCAUCCCCACCCCAGCGCAUGGUAACAGAAAAUCUUGUGGUUUCACCAUGGGAAUAAUACUACUUUUAGUAUUACUUUCCAUAAACACAUUUGCUUUUGGGAUGGGCACCGAGGAAGAUUAUACCUGGCACUUACAAAGGGCACCCCAAGUAUUGGACAGAAGGACCGUAAUCAUGGAACCUGCAAGAUUUGAAGCUAAAACUAAAUUGUUGAUAAACUCAACCUGUGGGAUUGCUUGCCAAAAGCAACUACCACUGCCAACUGUGUCUGACCUUCAGAAUUACCUUUCAUAUGAAACACUGUACAACAAUGGAACACGUACAUUGACUGAGGUUGACGUCAGAGAUUUUGACAUGAAAAAUGAAUUUGAGAUUGCUCAGAAAAAAGGCCAUUCUAGGAGAAAGAGGCAGGUCUUUGGACUGGACAGCAGAUUUAGUAUCGGUAACAAACAUUUCAUAACUAGGUAUCCUUUUAGUACAGCAGUGAAAAUCUCCACAGGGUGUACUGGGAUUCUAGUGUCACAGAAUCAUGUGCUAACAGCAGCUCAUUGCAUUCAUGAUGGUAAAGACUAUGUGAAAGGUGCCAAAAGGCUAAGAGUGGGAUUUUUAAAGAUGAGAUCCAAGAGGGGUGGAAGGAGGAGGGGAUCGAAGAGGAUUAAACGAUCAACAAAGGAUAAACCAUCUUUCCAAUGGUCAAGAGUAAAGCGUACCCAAGUACCAAAGGGCUGGUUCAGAGGAGUGGCUGAUGAUAUUGCUGUGGAUUAUGAUUAUGCCAUUCUUGAACUAAAGCGACCUCAGAAACACAAGUAUAUGGAAAUAGGAAUUAGUCCUUCCGUCCAAAAAAUUCCAAGCAACCGGAUUCACUUUUCAGGCUUCGAUAAUGACAGACCGGGGAAACUGGUAUAUCGCUUCUGUCCUGUGUCUGAUGAAUCGAAUGAUCUGUUCUAUCAGUAUUGUGAUGCUAAUCCUGGGUCAAGUGGCUCAGGUAUUUACAUUCGUCUUAAGGAGCCAGACAAGCCUUCGUGGAAACGCAAGAUCAUUGGAGUUUUUUCUGGUCAUCAGUGGGUGGAUGUCAAUGGUGUACAGCAGGAUUACAAUGUGGCUGUGCGCAUUACUCCACUGAAAUAUGCACAGAUAUGUUUCUGGAUACAUGGAAACUACGCUGAUUGCCGAGAUGGUUGAUGGAAUUGGUUAAGUAUAUUACAUGUAUUUCUAUCUUUGUACCUGUGUGCAGACAUAGAUCUUCUGCAUACAAAAUAGAUGAUGGCAUUCCAUCAAUGCACAUUGAAAGGAUAUGUGCAUUUUCAUCUCGACUAAAAGAAUCUGUUCAGGAUGCUCUAACUUAAAUAUAUAAAAUGUAAAAUUAAUGGGAGUAUUUUCAGAGUAUAUUAUUGACUGGUAAUGUUGCUGUUCAAGUCAUUUAGUUAUGCAGUAUUUGAUUUACUCUAAUAAUUAAUCUCUGGGAACAAAUUAUUCAAGGUCGAUUAAAAACCCAAUAAGUAUUGUACCUAAUGAAUUUGAAAGAUGUAUUCAAUUGGAGAAUGGUUCUCUUGCUCAUUCCUGAAGUUAUUUUUAAAUAUUUGAUGAAUGCACUACUGAGAUCUCCACAACCUCAUUACUUGUCCUGUAUACAUAAAAUCUAAGACAGACUUAGAUUUUAAGCAUUUUCAUUUGUUAAAGUACAACUACUUUUUUCUAGUAAUGAAAUGUACAAAGUCGUCCACACCUCAUUUAUUACUGAAUUUAAAGUAGUUUGUGAUACAUUAAGGUGUCUUAUAAUUUGUUUCAGUUGUACUGAGCAAGUUGUGUAAUAUCUGAAAUUGGAGGUUUGUAAUGGGUUUUGGUCAUAUCUUAAUACAAGUGUAAGGAAUUGUUGAUAUGCUCAAUUUUAGAUGACGUCAACCAAAGUAUACCACAUUACAAAUUAACUCUUUAAAAGAGGUCAUUAAUAAAGCAAAGUAAAAGAAAUGGCUCUCCUCAAUAUUGCAAUGAGUAACUUCAAUAAAGUUAAAGAAAAUUAAAUAAUGUGACUCAUUGCUGUGUUACAAAUUAUGACAGAUUUCAGAAAAUAAGUCCUUGAAAAUGUGUAAAAUCACCUUGGCAAUUUAUCCAGUUAAAAGUUAAAAUUCAACCAUCUUACCUUUAUUCAAAAAUACUGAAUCAGUGUUAGAUAAAAAAAAAUCACCUACACACUGAUGAAAAUUAGUGGCUAUGUGAAAUAACUGCCCAACAGCAGUCUCUCUUUCCAGAAAAUACAAACAAUCUCUUUCAAAGUGAAUUGUCAGAAACUUGUCUUAUUCAAUUGCAUCUAAACACCUAAAUAGAACUAGAAUCUAAUGCUUAAAGUAUCAGUCUAAUCAUUUGUUGUGCUAACAAUAUGCAAUGUUUAUUUAUAUAGAGAUCAAUGGUUAAGAUCUGCCGGCUUGUCUGAAGUAAAAGCAUAUGCAAACUAGUAACACGAUGCAGAACUUAGCUAUGGGAGGGUUUAGUAACAAAUAUAGUUCUUUAAGGUGUAGUACAGAAUACUUCCAUAAAUAAAAACUGAAAUAGUAUGUUGGUGCUAAUGUUUGUCUUGAAACAUAUACUUCAGUGGAAUUAAAAUCACAAGAGAUACAUUGAAUGAACCAGCAAAUUCUGUAAAUUAGGAAUGUUAGGAAGAUUCUACCACUUUAAAUGCACUGUUGCUGUACUAUUUGCUACAAUCACUAUCUUUGCAUGUUAAGUAGUUUUCAUAUAUCAGAAGUGUAAAGAUAGAAUAGAAAAUAAUUUAGUUAAAAACUGUAAAUGGCUCACUCUGCUUAUUCAAUCCUUUCACUCAUUAAAUGUAAUUACUCAAAACACAAACUGUGGAUAAAGACAUAUGAGCACUUCUUUGAAGAAUAGUUUAAAUGAAGAGGAUUGUUAAACUGAGAGUUUUUUUAUAGGCUGAACACAAGAUCACAAAAAAAACAUUUUAAGAAGGAAACUGAUGAAAAAUGGUAUCACAGAUGACUUUCAAACCAAUAAAGAGUACACAUUUGCCAGGAUAAUUAUACAACUCCUAAACUAAAAUAAAAUCCAAAUGGUAAAAUAACUCAGACUGGAUAAUGACUGACAAUGGUCAUAAAGAAAAUCAUUUAUUUGUUUAAAGCAGGAUUCAAGUUGCUUUGCAUACUUGCUGUUUUGUUGUUUUAAGAAUUUCAUGAAAUCCAUGUUUGUAAAGUAACUUUCUUUGUAGAUUCACUGAGCUGUUGUAUACUGUAAAACAUGAUCUAUGCUUUGAACCUCACUGUAUAUUCAGCAGAAAAAUAUAGACCUUUUCAGUCCCGU